AUGGUUACUACGAAGGUGCUACUUGGCCCCGCAAUUUUGCUAACCGGAACCUCGGCCUGGAAUACAGAUGUGCACAACCAAAUCGGUUUCAUGGCCGAAACCUUCCUUCAUCCUGAGUCAACCUCCAUCCUCGCCGAAAUCCUCGAACCGCAAUACAACCGCUCCAUAGGCCGUGCAGCUGCGUGGGCAGACGGGUACGCACACACGGCCGAAGGACGCUUCUCGUACCAGUGGCACUGGAUAGACACGCAUGAUCACCCACCACAAUACUGCAACCUUAAUUAUACAAGCGAUUGCGCCGAGGGCGGUUGUGUUGUCAGUGCCAUCGCCAAUCAGACUGGGAUACUCAAAGGCUGCAUCAAGGAUGUGAAGACGGGUACCUUGAAAGGAGGUAGCAACCUGACGUGCUCCUAUGCACUCAAGUGGGUGUCUCAUUUCCUUGGAGAUAUAGCACAGCCGCUGCAUGCUUCAGGACGCGCUGCAGGUGGAAACUUUUACAAGGUCAAGUUUGCCAACGUUUCAACUGAGCUUCAUGCUGUUUGGGACGGAUUCAUUCCCUACUAUGCUGCUGAGGUCAAGACACCUUUCUCGAACCGUUCAAUUGACCCUUUCUUCGAGAAUCUAGUCUCCCGAAUUCACAGAGACAGCUUCUAUGAGGCCCCAUAUACGUGGAUUGCGUGCAGCGACCCAUCAACGCCAGCGAAAUGUGCGACGACGUGGGCGACGGAGAGCAACAAAUGGACGUGCGACUAUGUUUAUAGACGCCUUCGCGGUGACGAGGAUCUAGGCUACAACGGCUAUGCAGAUGGAGCAGUUCCAAUCGUUGAGUUGCAAAUCAGCAAGGCUGCAUACAGGCUGGCGACCUGGUUGAACAAUCUGGUCAGUGCCAAGGGGUCAUCUCCUGAUGACCAGGAAAUACUUGAGCUCUGA